AUGACCGAGUCUUUGACCAUUAUCAUGAACAUUGAACUCGAAAUCUAUAAAGAGAUACACAAGUCCGGCCUUAAAUACAUCCUCUUUUCUUCUCCAGACUCGUUCUCCAUCAUCAGAAGGACUACGACAAUCUCAAAGCCCCCUUACACACGACACUCAACGAGUACCACUCACUUCAACAUUUACUUUUCACUACAAUCUCUUCAAGAGACACGACGCCCUCAAUCGAUCAUGAAGUACGCCUUUGUGACUCUGGCCAUUGCGGCCAGCACCGCUCUCGCGGCUCCUCACCCUGAUCCGGUCGCCGAUCCUAUGCCAUGGUGUACCAUGAAGGUCCAGCCCUGCUGGAAGGUCAAGAUGGCAAAACGCGAAGCUCUUCCUGAGCCCAUUGCCGCUCCCCAGCCCGACCCUGUUGCUGAUCCUAUGCCCUGGUGUACCAUGAAGGGACAGCCAUGCUGGAAGGUCAAGAUGGCUAAGCGUGAGGCUCUCGCCGAAGCUCUCCCUGAGCCCCAGCCCGAUCCCGUUGCUGAUCCUAUGCCAUGGUGCACUAUGAAGGGACAACCUUGCUGGAAGGCCAAGAUGGCCAAGCGUGAGGCCGAAGCUAUCCCCGAACCCGUCGCCGCCCCUCAACCUGACCCCGUCGCCGAAGCUAUGCCUUGGUGCACCAUGAAGGUCCAGCCCUGCUGGAAGGCCAAGGUUAAGGCCAAGCGUGAGGCCGAAGCCGAUCCUUGGUGCACCAUGAAGGGACAACCUUGCUGGAAGGCCAGAGUCAAGCGCGCUGCCGAGGCCGAAGCCGUCGCUGACCCCAUGCCCUGGUGCACAAUCAAGGGACAGCCUUGCUGGAAGGAGAAGGUCAAGGCCAAGCGUGAGGCUGAGGCUGAUCCUUGGUGCACAAUGAAGGGACAGCCAUGCUGGAAGGCCAGAGUCAAGCGCGCCGCUGAGGCCGAGGCAAUUCCCGAACCUGUUGCUGCUCCUCAGCCUGAUCCCGUCGCCGACCCUAUGCCCUGGUGUACCAUGAAGGGCCAGCCUUGCUGGAAGGUCAAGCGAGACCUCAUGGCAUCCGCAUAA